UCGUUGACGCCCCCUGGCGGCCUAAAGCGCCACGCCCCGGUCGCGCAUCCAGUCUGCCCCGCCUCAACGCCGCGGGCCUGGUUCUCUCUAUUCGGGCCGCCCCGAGGACGCUGUGUGGGCGGCGGUAAGUUUGUCAAAGAUGAAACUGACUUUAUCAACUUUGGAUACUUGUGAGAGUUCCUUCACACCUCUAGUGGUCAUAGAACUCGCCCAAGAUGUCAAAGAAGAAACCAAAGAAUGGCUCAAAAACAGAAUUAUUGCUAAAAAGAAAGAUGGAGGUGCCCAGCUGCUGUUUAGACCACUGUUAAAUAAGUAUGAGAAAGAGACAAUAGAAAACCAGAAUUUAUACCUCGUUGGUGCCUCCAGCAUCAGACUGUUACUUGGGGCAGAAGCAGUAGGACUGGUGAAGGAGUGUACAGAUGCUGCCAUGCGGGCCUUCACCUACAGAACCCGCCACAACUUUAAAGGCUUCCACGAUAACAAUGAGGACUUCCUCACAAUGGCCGAGUGUCAGUUCAUUAUCAAACAUGAACUUGAGAAUCUUAGAGCUAGAGAUGAGAAGAUGAUCCCUGGUUACCCCCAGGCCAAAUUGUACCCCGGGAAGUCACUGAUGAGGAGACUGCUCACAUCCGGCAUCGUGACCCAGGUGUUUCCAUUGCAUGAUAGUGAGGCCCUGAAGAAGCUUGAGGACAGCUGGUAUAUGCGGUUUGCUCUGAAGUAUCAGCCCAUAGACAACAUCCGUGGCUACUUUGGGGAGACAAUCGCUCUGUACUUUGGGUUCUUGGAGUACUUCACCUUUGCCUUAAUCCCCAUGGCCGUCAUCGGGCUGCCCUACUACCUAUUUGUGUGGGAAGACUAUGACAAGUAUGUCAUCUUUGCCUCGUUCAACCUCAUCUGGUCCACAGUGAUCCUGGAGGUGUGGAAACGUGGCUGUGCCAGCAUGACCUACCGCUGGGGGACACUGGUCAUGAAGAGGCAGUUUGAGGAGCCCCGGCCCGGGUUUCAUGGAGUCCUGGGUAUCAAUUCUGUCACCGGCAGAGAGGAACCCCUCUAUUCCAGCUACAAGAGACAACUGCGCAUCUACCUGGUCUCCCUGCCAUUUGUGUGCCUCUGCCUCUAUUUCUCCCUCUACAUCAUGAUGAUAUACUUUGACAUGGAGGUCUGGGUCUUGAGUCUCCAUGAGGACAGUGAGUCCGUGUGGUCCAGCCUCCUGCUGUAUGUGCCCAGCAUUGUUUAUGCCAUUGUGAUUGAGAUCAUGAACCGCCUCUAUCGAUAUGCUGCUGAGUUCUUAACAUCUUGGGAGAAUCACAGAUUGGAAUCUGCCUACCAGAAUCAUCUUGUUCUGAAAGUGUUGGUGUUCAACUUUCUGAAUUGUUUUGCCUCACUCUUCUACAUUGCCUUUGUCUUGAAGGACAUGAAGCUUUUGCGUCAGAGCUUGGCCACACUCCUGAUCACCUCCCAGAUCCUCAACCAAGUCGUAGAAUCUCUUCUUCCUUACUGGCUCCAGCGGAAGUACUGUGUGAAAGUGAAGAGGAAGGUGCAGGCUUUAAAGGCGAAUGUUGAUACAACCUUGUAUGAGCAGGUCCUCCUGGAGAAGGAGAUGGGAACUUACCUGGGAACCUUUGAUGAUUAUUUGGAGUUGUUCCUGCAGUUUGGCUAUGUGAGCCUUUUCUCCUGUGUUUACCCAUUAGCAGCUGCCCUUGCUGUGUUAAAUAACUUCACUGAAGUCAACUCAGAUGCCUUGAAAAUGUGCAGGGUCUUCAAACGACCAUUUGCAGAACCUUCAGCCAGUAUUGGUGUAUGGCAGUUGGCUUUUGAGACAAUGAGUGUUAUAGCUGUGGUCACUAACUGUGCUCUGAUCGGAAUGUCACCACAAGUGAAUGCAGUCUUUCCAGAAUCCAAAACAGACCUGUUUUUGAUCGUGGUGGCCGUGGAGCAUGCCCUCUUGGCUUUGAAGUUCAUACUUGCAUUUGCCAUCCCUGAUAAACCACGGCACAUCCAGAUGAAGCUGGCCAGAUUGGAAUUUGAAUCUUUGGAAGCACUCAAGCAGCAGCAAAUGAAGCUGGUGGUGGAAAACCUGAAGGAGGAGUCCCAGGAAGGUGAAAAGGAAGCUACCUGAGUCCCAGUGUGCUGGCCGCCUGUCCCCAGCCUCCCCUGAGGAACCUGCACCACACCUGCACGGGGCAGGGUACCAGCCUGAUCUCAGGCCAGAUGCUUGGCUGUGUGAAGUGGCUAAAACACAGUGGGCACACUUACCCUGCAAGGUCUGGCUCCAUGGGAGAAGAGGCUGGGACCCUUGGUAGCUCCCUGGUGCCCUCUCACCUGGACCCUCCAGGGCCACACACACACCUCCAGCUGCCUCACUUUGCUCCAGAGCCUCAGACUUCAUCCCUAAGGAGUCACCAGCUUUCCACAUGGCACCCAUAGCAGGUGCCAGUCACUUCCAGCCCCACCAGGGCCCCAGGAUGGGGUGGUGGCUUAGGGUCUGUGCCCAUUAUACCAAUUCACAGGAGCCAAGCUGAGGGGGUCCCCACACCUGACUCUUUCUGGUUCUGUGUGGCAGUGUGUUAACAGACUCUAACUGAGCUAUUAAAAGCAGCUCUCUCCUGA